AUGAGGCGAAUAUCGGAGUCAAAGGAGCAACUAGUGAAUUCCACUUCGGUGGAUUUGGAGGAGAAAUCAACCGAAGAUUUUGUUGGAUUGUGCAAGAGGGAUGCCGAAAUUGACAUUCAGGAUAUUAUAUUGAGUCCCAUUGAGAAGAAAUUCCUCCUCAGCGCCGAAAGAGGCGACACAGUGACUGUGAAGAAUAUUAUUACGCAGUUCAAGGAUCAACCUGAUGAGUUCAACAUCAACUGUGUGGAUCCUCUUAUGCGAUCAGCUCUCAUAUCUGCAAUUGAAAAUGAGAAUAUCGACCUCAUCAGGAUGCUUCUCGAAGAGGGCAUUGAGGUUAAGGACGCUCUUCUUCAUGCCAUAUCGGAGGAGUACGUUGAGGGUGUAGAAACUCUACUGCUGUGGGAAGAGCAACAUCACAAACCUGGAACGCCUUAUAGUUGGGAGGCUGUCAAUCAGGCCACCAGUACAUUCACCCCUGACAUCACGCCACUUAUUCUCGCGGCUCACAAAAACAACUAUGAGAUCCUGAAAACACUCCUGGAUCGAGGAGCAACUCUUCCAGUUCCACACGAUGUCAGGUGUGGUUGCGAUGAGUGCGUGGUAUCCAAUGAGAAAGAUUCUCUGCGGCACUCGCAGUCGAGGAUAAAUGCAUACAAGGCCUUGUCGUCGAGCUCCCUUAUAGCACUGAGUUCGCGGGAUCCUAUUUUGACUACAUUUGAAUUGUCAUGGGAACUGAGGCGCUUAAGUCGAAUGGAGACGGAGUUCCGCUUGGAAUACAAUGAUAUGAAGAAAAAUUGCCAGGAAUUCUCCACAGCACUGCUGGAUCACACCAGGACAUCACACGAAUUGGAAAUCAUGCUCAACUACAAUGGGGCGAUGGGGAACGACAAUUGGGAGCCGGGCGAGAGGCAGACGCUGGAGCGCCUCAAGUUGGCAAUCAAGUAUAAACAGAAGCAGUUCGUCGCCCAUCCCAAUGUUCAACAGCUCCUGGCGGCCAUCUGGUAUGAGGGUCUCCCUGGCUUUCGGCGCAAAGGAAUGAUAGGACAGGCGAUGCAAGUGGCGAAGCUCGGAGCAAUGUUUCCCGUCUACAGUGUAAUUUAUAUGUUGGCCCCGAAUUCGCAAAUGGGCAAGUUUAUGAAGAAGCCAUUUGUGAAGUUCAUCUGCCACUCCUCCAGCUAUGCCUUCUUUCUGCUGCUUCUGGGAUUAGCGUCUCAGCGGGUGGAGUAUCUGAUUUUGGAACUAAUCGGCACUCCAUGGCUUCUGUCGUUGUUGGACGAGUGGAAGAAGCACGAACGAGGCGCAGCACCUGGCUUUAUCGAAUGCUUCGUCAUCUUGUACAUCAUCAGUCUCAUCUACGGCGAAAUGAAGCAAUUGUGGAAUGGCGGAUUGCUGGACUAUGUUCAGGAUCUGUGGAAUAUCGUCGAUUUCAUAUCCAAUGUGUUCUACGUCAUGUGGAUUUGCCUGAGAUUCUCCUCUUGGUACACAGUUCAGAGAGACGCCGGGGCGGGACUGAAUCCUUGGUAUCCUCGAGAACAAUGGGAUCCCUUCGAUCCGAUGCUACUGUCAGAGGGAGCUUUUGCAGCCGGAAUGAUUUUCUCCUUCCUCAAAUUAGUUCACAUCUUCUCAAUUAAUCCGCAUUUGGGUCCUCUUCAAGUGUCCCUCGGGCGGAUGAUUAUCGACAUUAUAAAGUUCUUCUUCAUCUACACACUCGUCCUGUUUGCCUUCGGCUGUGGAUUGAACCAAUUGAUGUGGUAUUACGCUGACUUGGAGAAGAAUAAAUGCUAUCACAUUUCAACAGAAGUGCCUGAUUUUGACAAUCACGAGAAAGCUUGUUCGAUCUGGCGGAGAUUUGCUAACCUAUUCGAGACUUCCCAGUCUCUCUUCUGGGCAUCCUUUGGCUUGGUGGACUUGAUGGCAUUUGAAUUGCAAGGCAUCAAGAGCUUCACUCGAUUCUGGGCUCUCCUCAUGUUCGGCUCGUACAGUGUGAUCAACAUUAUUGUCCUCCUCAACAUGCUGAUUGCGAUGAUGAGCAAUUCUUAUCAGAUUAUAUCGGAACGAUCCGAUGUCGAAUGGAAGUUUGCUCGCACUCAACUGUGGAUGAGUUACUUUGAGGAUGGAACAACCUUGCCGCCUCCAUUCAAUCUGUUUCCAUCCAUGAAAAUUGCCUUCAGGUUUCUGGGUCUGAUGAAGAAGUCAAGAACUUCAAGAAGCGUAAUGAAAAAAUCACGGGAAAAAGUGCGAAAGCGUCACGAUAACGUGAUGCGUUUGCUGGUGCGACGAUAUGUGACUGCAGAGCAGAGGAAACGUGACGAUUUCGGAAUUACAGAGGAUGACGUAAUGGAGAUUCGCCAGGACAUCAACAGUUUCCGCUACGAACUCAUUGACAUCCUGCACACGAAUGGAAUGAAAACACCAAGAAUAGAUCCCAAAGACGCUGCAAUUGCUGGGAAAAAAGGACGUGUCAUAGAGAGGCGGAUUCUAAAGGAUUUCCAAAUAGGAUUUGUCGAAGGGCUAUUAAGUGAGUGUCUCAAUAGUCGCGAACCGAAGGAUGUCUUCAGUCAGAUUGCUAAAGUGAUUGGCGGCAAGAAGAGUGAGAGAUUAAGCGGCAAGGAUUGGAACAGUGUUAUUGCGACCAAAAAUGCCGCUGCAGAUCCAAUAGGAAGUGUGCAAAAAUCUUCAGUGAGGAGAAACACAAACAGCAUCAGAAGACACAUUGCGGAUAACGUGAAGAAAGGAAUCUCAGUGGAUACGGAAAAAAUCAUUGAAUUCAAUCCUAAACUUUCCGAAGUCACUCCAAAGACACGUGUUGCUUAUGUGAAAUUUAUGGCGAACACCAUUCAAAAGGAUAAAGAUGCCAAAUCAUCUAAUGUACAUCAAACUACAUUAUCGAAACUCCCACAAUUGCCUGAAGUGAUGCAAUGUCAAGAAGCGAUAUGUAAUAAUGUCCAAGAAGAGGUUUCUGAGAAGCAAAGUGUUAUGGACAUCUCACUGGUGGAUGAAGACAUAAAAACAGCAUCUUUGAAACAUCAGCGACCGAGAACACCCAUCGAAGAAGUUCCAAAUAAAGAUUGCAACUCUUCACCUCAAGCGUUGCAGCCUGUCCAGAGUGAGGCUUCUGUGUCGGAAUUGAAGACAAUAUUGUCUCCAUUGGAAAGCAGAGGAUUACUGACAAACCCUUCGGAACGCUCGCGCGUCACCAUUUCGACAUCAAAGGGAAAGUCCUCAGUGACUGGCGAAAGCGUUUCGGGGUGGAUUUAGUCUCUAACUUUGAUGAGACAAAACGUGUUAAGCAUAACACGAGCGAAGAAGUGAAAGAUUAUAACUAUUGAUUUGAUGUGGUGAGCAUUUCUCUGCAAUAAAUGUUUCCAUUCUCUGGGCCAGA